AUGCCUACUCCGAUUUGGGCGCUGCGGUUCAUUCACCCGCAGGGAUUUUCUCGGCAUUAUUCCGUGCGUCACCGGGGGGAGUGGUGGAGGCGACAUUCACUUGUUUGGGCCGCGUGCCAGUGGCGUUUUGUCUACGCGGCGACGAGGGCCGCGUUGACGCUCUCCGCAGGGUGGUUUGCUGCCACCACGCUUGGCGCCUCCGUGGCGUUUUGCCGCACCCUUGACACGCCCGAGUAUCUCAUCCCGUAUUAUCUGCGCGACGUCACCACCCGAUUCAAGCACUACGCGAGUUACCGUAAGCAUGGGAGUCGGUCAAAGUACAUGACGGUGGAGGACUUUGUGCGUGCGCUGUUGGCGUCAAAAGACAAUGACCCCCUGGACCCUUCGGUGGUGGAAAGCAUGACGCGACUCUUCACAGAGCUGGACGCCGAUGGCAAAACGUACCUUAGCCUGACUGAGUUCUCCUUUCUCAUGCUGCUGUUGACAGCCAAAAGAGAAGAUUUACGGGUGCUGUUUUUUGUGCUGGACAAGGACCGUGUCGGUAGUUUAAGCCUGGACGAGUUUGCUGGGGUGUUGCGUGGGUUGGGCCGCGACAUGAACGAGGCACAGCUGUUGACGCGUGGUCAAAAGAACGGUAUUGUGAGACGACUCUUUGGUGACGAUGGACAAAGCCGCUGCUCAUUUAGCCAGAUUGCAGAGACGGUCGAUGCCCUCAACGAGGAGGUAUGGACAGCCGAGUUCCGUCAAAUUGACACGGACCACAACGACCGCAUUACUGCCGAGCAAUUCGGAAAACUCAUCGCAAACCACAUGAUUGGGCGCCACCUUCCCUUCCACAUUGUAGAUAACAUACGAAAGUUACGGGGGAGUGGAGAGACCAUUACGCUUGAGAUGUGGAUCGGCUUUCAUCGUGUCAUGCAAUAUGCCGAUGCAUUAUCAGAGGCCGUGGAACUGUUCACCUCCUCAGGGCUCCCUUUGCGGAGAAAGGACUUCAACCGCGCAAUAAGGGCCGCGGGUCUGCCACCUUUUGCCGAUGCGGAGUUGGACCUUAUCAUGGCCCUUUUUGACCGUAAUGCAGAUGGCGUUUUGGAGUUUGAUGAGUUUAUUUCCGUGAUGCGGCAGAAGCUCAGCUACCACUACAGUUACCGCGGAGACCCACGAAAAAAGAAGAACCUCCCCGUGCGUUUUUUCGAGUGCGUUGGUGAAGUGUUGUCUCAUUAG